AUGCAGCGCACCACCCUUCCGUCCUACCGUGCCCUCUCGAGGCGUCUACCCCCACACGCGGCCCCCCACUGCGCUCUCCCCGCCGCGUUCUCCUUCCGCACGCCGGGCUCCCGUUGGUCAAGCUCCUCCUCCUCAUCCUCAGAAAACCCUCAAGGCUCGACGUCCAACAGCUCACCCGCGAGCGCGCCCCUCGCGUUCGCCGCCGGCGCCGCCGUCAGCGGUGCUCUCGCCUGGUACCUCGCCUCGUCGCCGGCGCCGCAGACCACGGGCGCGCCGGGCCCGAUCGUGUUCAACGACACGUACGGGAGCGCGGAGGACUUCCGGCGCGCGAUCGCGGAGCUGCGCACGUUCUUCCCAGAGGACGAGGACGCGGUGAGCACGGACCCGGCGCACCUGGAGGAGCACGGGUACUCGGAGAAUGAUUACCUCCCUGGUUCGUGGCCCUCCGUCGUGGUCUACCCGUCCUCCACGGAGGAUGUUGUCAAGAUCGUGAAGACCGCCGUCAAGUACAAGAUGCCCGUCAUCCCAUACUCCGGCGCGACGAGCCUGGAAGGGCAUUACCGCGCGCCUUCCGUCGGCGGGAUUUGUGUAGACAUGUCCAAGAUGGACAGUAUCAUUGAGAUUAACGAGGGCAACUCGGAUGUGGUCUGUCAACCUGGCAUCCGAUGGAUGGACCUAAAUGCGACAUUGGCAAAGAAGGGUAUCCCUCUCUUCUUCCCCCUUGACCCUGCUCCGGGUGCGACGAUUGGCGGUAUGCUCAGCACAGGGUGCUCAGGCACGAACGCGGUACGAUACGGGACUGCGAAGGCAGAAUGGUUCCUGAACGCGACUGUGGUGCUCCCCUCUGGUGAGGUGAUCAAGACUCGCCGACGGGCGCGCAAGUCGUCAGCAGGUUUCGAUGUCACGAAACUGUUCAUCGGGGCCGAAGGCACUCUCGGCAUUGUUACGGAAGUCACGCUACGACUCGCGCCCCUACUGCCGACCAACGUUGCCGUCGCCCAAUUCCCUGACAUCCGCUCAGCGGCCUCGGCGGUAGCGGAGAUCGUCAACACUGGUGUCGGGAUCCAGUGCGUCGAGCUCGUAGACGUCCAGUUCAUGAAGGCGACCAACGUCUACGGCCAGUCUUCGCGCAAGUGGCCGGAGAAGGACAGCCUGUUCUUCAAGUUCCAGGGCCCGACGCCCCGCGCGCUGAAGGAGACCGCGGAGGUGGUCAAGAAGGUCACGCAGAAGCACGGCUCGUCCGGCUUCGUCCUCGCCUCCUCGGACAAGGAGGCGCACGACCUCUGGCAGGACCGGAAGAACGGGCUCUACUCGAGCAUCGCGCUCCUCCCUGGCUCCCGCGCCUGGAGCACCGACGUCUGCGUCCCGCCGUCGAAACUUCCCGACCUCGUCAUGCAGACGACAGAAGAUCUGCGCGAGCACGGCAUCCUCUACACCGUCCUCGGACACGUCGGCGACGGCAACUUCCAUACGACGCUCAUGUUCGUGAACGAGGACGAGGCGGACAACAUUCACGAGGCGGUGCGCCGCAUGGUGCACCGCGCGAUCGCGCUCGACGGCACCUGCACCGGCGAGCACGGCGUCGGCAUCGGCAAGCGCGAGUACCUGUACGAGGAGCUGGGGGUGAACACGGUCGAGCUGAUGAAGACGAUCAAGAAGACGAUCGACCCGCACAACCUCUUCAACCCGGGAAGGUGA